AUGUCGUUCAAAGGCAUCAAGAAGUCGGUGUUGCGUGCGCCGCAGAACUUCCGGCAAAAGCUCAAUAUGGGUGAAAUCACCCUGGACCCUGUUUACGCCGAUGCCGAAAGACGAUUCAAAGAGUUGGAGUUGGAAACCAAGAAACUCAGUGAGGAGUCCAAGCGUUACUUUGCCGCCGUCAACGGCAUGUUGGAAUACCAGAUUGACUUUUCCAAGGCCAUUGAGGAGAUCUACAAGCCCAUCAGUGGGCGUUUAUCGGACCCCAGUGCUACCAUACCCGAGGAUAACCCAGAAGGUAUCGAGGCGGCGGAGUCGUACCGAGAGGUGGUGAAGGAGUUGAAGGAGCUGUUGCAGCCGGAUCUUGAGCUUAUCCAGAAGCGUGUUGUUGACCCAGCACAGGAGCUCUUGAAGGUGAUUCAGCUGAUCAGAAAGAUGGCCACCAAAAGAGAGCACAAGCAGGUCGACUUGGACAGACACAAGCGUACGCACAAGAAGUACGAGGAGAAGAAGGAGCGUACGGCCAAGGACGAGGAGAAGAUGUACAGUGCCGAGGCCGAGGUUGCCGUUGCUCAGGAGGAGUUUGACUACUACAACAACAUGUUGAAGGACGAGUUGCCCACCUUGUUUGCCAUGCAGCUGGACUUCAUCAAACCUUUGUUCGUGUCGUUCUACUACAUGCAGCUAAACAUCUUUUACACGUUGUACAGCAGGAUGGAAGAGCUCAAGAUCCCGUACUUUGACUUGAACCUGGACAUUGUCGAGGCUUACACUGCAAAGAAGGGUGACAUCGAAGAGCAGACUGACAACAUUGGCAUCACCCACUUCAAGGUGGGCCACGCCAAGAACAAGUUGGAGGCCACCAAGAGAAGGCACCAGAUGAUGAGCGGCAACAACACCGGCUCGUCUGGUCUGCCAGUGUCGACUGCGCCAGGCACUGCUGGUGCUCCAGGAGCCGCUGGACAGACCCUUCCUCAGUACACUCCGGGCCAAACAGGCAACAACUACGGCUACGGCAACGAGAAAGCACAGUACCAGCCUCAGCAGUACGGCCAAGCAGCCGCCCAGCAGCCUCAACAAUAUGGCCAACCUCAGUACGGCCAACCUCAAGAGGCGGCGCCACCUCAGUACGGUGCUCCAGCUGCUGCUCCAGCUGCUACUGGCAGUCCAACUUGCACAGCCUUGUAUGACUACACUGCCCAGGCCCAGGGAGACUUGACGUUCACGGCUGGCGCUGUGAUUGAGAUUGUGGAACAGGGAGACGCUAAUGGAUGGUGGACUGGACGCUAUAAUGGCCAGACGGGAGCCUUCCCAGGCAACUAUGUCCAGUUGAACUGA